AUGGCUUCCACAGAGCCGGACCUCACUGUGGGGAUUGACUUUGGCAUGACGUGCACUGGUGUGGCAUUUGCCAAGCGUGGACUGGACAGCCCGCGCAUGGUUCAGGAGUGGCCUCUCCCACAGCGGAAACGCGGCACGCACAACAAGGUCCCGUCCACCUUGUUGUACGGCGAACACCAUGCGGUCAAGGAAUGGGGCUUCACCUGCCAAAACCACGAUGGCACGAUCGAGUGGUUCAAGCGCUAUCUGGAGGAGAAGUCUCUCAACAACCUGCACGAUGCCUGCAAGAAGCGAGGUGUCGAACCGCCCUUCAAGUCCCUCAAGGAUGUUCGCAAAAUCUAUGGAGACUAUAUGAAGUGCUUGUAUCAGCAUAUCAGCAAAUACUUCCAGAAGAACGAUCCGUGGAAGGACAAAUCCGUCGAGUUCAUCUUUAGUCUUCCGGCUACAUUCCGGUCCUUGGAGGUGAGCAAUGCGCUCAUGGAACAAAUAAAAAAGGCCGGCUUUGGGAGUGGCGGCAAGAGACACCACGUAUCCUGGGGCCUGACGGAACCCCAGGCGUCUGCUGUCUAUACAGCUUUGGAAGCCAAUGUGACUUUCAGAAAGGACGAUAUCAUCCUCGUGUGCGACGCUGGUGGAGGAACGACCGAUCUGGCCCUUCUUCAACAGAACCGCGAAGACGGACUGAUAGAUCUCAGGGAGCUCGCCAUCAUCCAGGGUAACAACAUCGGGUCUACGAAUAUCGACCUGGCUUUCAAGAAGUUGGUAGAGGGACGUCUUGCCAAGUCGACUAGGCUAAAUUUCAAGAAGAAUGCGGCCGCUACGAUGAUGCAUAGCGACGAGUUUCAGACGUGGAAACACGAGUUUGGCAGCAUUGAAGAGUCGCAAUUUGGAACGGCCAGGGUGACGGUACCUAUUGCCUCUGGAGGCAACGCGAGCACAAACGCAGGUAUAAGUGACGGAAAGAUGAACAUUUCCCAUAAUGACCUUCGAUCGUUGUUCGAUCCCGAAGUCGACGGUAUGAUCAGCUCCAUCCGCCAUAUGAUUGACGUCGUAACCAAGAAUGAUCCGAGUAAGGAACCGAAUUGGCUGGUAUUAUCAGGCGGUCUUGGAAGCUCUGCCUAUGUUAAGCAGCGGGUCAGAGCGGCUUUCCCGAGCCCACGAGUUGUCAUUGCCGAUGAAGAUGAACCGGCCAAGAGCGGCAAGUCGGCCUUGAGGUUCAGGAAAGCUCGUGCUUCAUACGGCGUCAUCACGGAAGAGCGCUAUGACAAGCGUCUUGAAGCUCACGCAGGCAAGCAUCCAGUGAUAUCGAAAAUCGACGGCUGCGAAAUGGUCGAGAAUCGGGUCGUGUGGGUUAUUAAAAAGGGCGACGAUAUAGAUACGGACGCAAACGACAAAAAGAAGGGCUUUAGUAAAGUCACAAACACACUCGACGGCCCCAUAGUAUCGAAACGCACUCUGGUGAUAUGUCACAAGAGUAAAGAUGAGCUUCCGCAUGAUGCCGACGACGUGGAUGUCAUACCCUUGUGCGUUGUAGAGUCAGUUCUAGACAAGAAGCACGCCCGCUGGAGACACGUCAAGAAGUCUGGGUUUCGCAAUCUGUUCAAGGCAGCUGGAGGGUUUUGGGAGAUCGAGUACGAAGUAAGAUUCGUCGUCGGAGCAAUCGAUGCCCGCUUCGAGUUGUGGAUUGGGAACCGCGAGAAAGUCGGGCAUGCCGAGUCCUACAAGGCACUUCUGCACGACGACAUGGCUCAGACACUGGGCAUCAGCUCGCAGAUCCCCAAGGUGCCAACUCGGUUCCCCUCUCCUCGGCGGGACUCGGCUGCAAGAAGCGCUGGAGGCCAAUCCCUGGCAGCAAUUCAAAUCGAUUCUUUCGUUGGACGUGCAUGCUACCCAUCAUACCACUGGGGCGUGCUCUGGGGUGUGACGCCCAAGAUCCAUAUCCGGCACUCUGUGGAGCUCAUGUGUAGGGUGUUUCCUGCCGGGUUCCCUCAGAAGAUUCAAAACUGCAUGGUUUCAGGGCUGGUCCUUGACACCUGCCACAUCAAUUCAUUGAAUGUGUGCCACCUGACCCUGCAGUAG